CUUUUCACAUAAGCUCAUGGCAAUCAGAGGGGCGAUGGUCCAUGAACGCUCAUGGACACACAGAAAGCGGCUCGUCCAUCACCAACAGCAACAGGCACUGGAGCCAAGAUAACACAGUGAAACCGAUAAACCAUGAUCCCCAUCACUGAACUGCGGUACUUUGUGGACACUCAGCCAGCCUACCGCAUCUUGAAACCGUGGUGGGACGUGUUCACGGACUAUAUCUCCAUCGUUAUGCUCAUGAUCUCGGUGUUUGGGGGGACUCUGCAGGUCACCCAAGACAAGAUGAUCUGCUUGCCCUGCAAGUGGGUGGUCGAUCAGACCUGUAAGAAAAACUUAAAUUCCACAUUCACUACACCUUUGUCGUGGGAGCCCAAAGGAAUCCAGUAUGAUUUGGACCGGCACCAGUACAACUAUGUAGACGCCGUGUGCUAUGAGACUAGAUUGCACUGGUUUGCCAAGUAUUUCCCGUACCUGGUGUUACUCCAUACCCUUAUUUUCCUGGCCUGUAGCAACUUUUGGUUCAAGUUCCCCCGCACUAGCUCCAAACUAGAGCAUUUUGUUUCCAUCUUACUGAAGUGCUUCGACUCACCGUGGACCACGAGGGCUCUGUCAGAAACGGUGGUUGAAGAAAGUGAUCCGAAACCCAUGAAAAUGAACGGCUCAAUGGAGCACAAGGAGUCUGUGAUCAGCGAAGAUGUGGAAGCCAGUGUUCCUAUGCUCCAGAGGACAAAGACACGCCUUGAGCAGGGUAUUGUUGACCGAACGGAGACGGGGGUUUUGGAUAAGAAGGAAGGCGAACAGGCAAAAGCUCUGUUUGAAAAAGUCAAGAAGUUCCGAAUACACGUGGAAGAAGGAGACAUCGUGUACAGGCUGUACAUUCGUCAGACUAUUAUCAAGGUCAUCAAAUUUAUCUUGAUAAUCUGCUACACGGGGUAUUAUGUGAACGAUAUUAAGUUCAGCGUGGACUGCAAUGUUGAUAUAGAGAGUCUGACUGGUUACAGCGUAUAUCGCUGUGCUCAUCCAUUGGCUACACUUUUUAAAAUCUUGGCCUGUUUUUACAUUAGCUUAGUGGUGGUGUACGGCUUCAUCUGCAUGUAUACGCUUUGCUGGAUGCUCCGACGCUCUCUCAAGAAGUAUUCGUUUGAGUCGAUACGAGAAGAGAGCAGCUACAGUGACAUACCAGAUGUUAAAAACGACUUUGCAUUCAUGUUGCAUAUGAUAGAUCAGUAUGACCCACUGUACUCCAAGCGCUUUGCCGUGUUCCUCUCAGAAGUGAGCGAAAACAAACUGAGGCAGCUCAACCUCAACAAUGAGUGGACGCUGGACAAGCUCAAGCAGAGGAUAACUAAGAACUCUCAAGAGAAGUUGGAGCUGCACCUUUUCAUGCUAAGUGGCAUUCCAGACACAGUAUUUGACCUGAUGGAGCUGGAGGUUCUCAAAUUGGAGCUUAUACCGGAUGUGACUAUUCCGCCGAUAAUCGCUCAGCUCGUCAAUCUGAGGGAGAUGUGGCUUUACCACACCCCGGCCAAAAUUGAAGCUCCGGCGUUGGCUUUUUUGCGGGAGAAUUUGAAGUCACUCCACAUCAAAUUCACAGAUAUCAAAGAGAUUCCUUUGUGGAUUUACAGUUUGAAGAAUCUCAGUGAGCUUCAUCUGACCGGGAAUCUGAGCGCUGAGAACAACCGCUACAUUGUCAUCGAUGGGCUGAGGGAGCUCAAAAGGCUCAAAGUUCUCCGUCUAAAGAGCAAUCUCACCAAGCUGCCUCAGGUGGUGACCGACGUAGGCAUGCACCUCCAGAAGCUGUCAGUCAAUAACGAAGGCACCAAGCUAAUGGUGCUCAACAGCUUAAAGAAAAUGGUCAAUCUGACGGAACUAGAGCUGAUCCGCUGUGAUCUCGAGCGCAUACCACACUCCAUCUUCAGCUUGCACAACUUGCAGGAGAUCGAUUUGAAAGACAACAACCUGAAGACCAUCGAGGAGAUCAUCAGUUUCCAGCACCUGCACAGGCUGGUCUGCCUUAAACUCUGGUAUAAUCAGAUUGCCUAUAUCCCCAUUCAGAUUGGCACGCUGAUCAACUUGGAGAAACUCUACCUGAACAGAAACAAGAUUGAGAAGAUUCCCAGCCAGUUGUUUUAUUGUCGCAAGCUUCGCUUUCUGGACCUGAGCCAUAACAACUUAACCAAUAUCCCACCUGACAUUGGCUCCUUGCAGAACCUUCAGUACCUUGCUGUGACUGCCAAUCGGAUCGAGAGCCUGCCCAAUGAGCUCUUCCAGUGCAAGAAAUUGCGUACUUUGAACCUGGGCAACAACUGCUUGCAGUCUCUGCCGUCACGCUUCGGCGAGCUGACCGGACUGACGCAACUUGAGCUGAGAGGCAACCGUCUGGAGUGUCUGCCCGUGGAGCUGGCCGAAUGCCGGCAGCUAAAGAGAACUGGUCUUGUUGUGGAGGAAGACCUCUUUAACACGCUUCCAACAGAGGUCAAAGAACAGUUGUGGAGGACGGAUAAGGAGCAGAUCUGAACGUAGCGAUUGGUUGAUGGUUAAUAAUCUGGGAGGCCAGUCACUGAAGCGACUGCCCCAGUCCACAGACGGGAUGGUGUCAUGAAAAGCCAGUAAGAGAGGCGAAAGAUUCACUGGUGUGGCACAGUUUUUGUUCUUUUAGUGCUUAGCUUCCCAGAUGAAUUUUGGACAUAGACUGUUUCACUGAUGAUGGCUUUUUUUUUUUUUUUUUAGCAAUGAUAAGAGAAUACAUUAUUGAUCCCAAAGGGAAAUUGGAGAUGCAGUGCCAUUGUGAUGUUUGUUUACAUUUUAUGCAUCUCAAUGAUGGCAGAGAAUUUUAAGUAUGCAAAGUGAUAGGCCAACUAGACUAAGUGUUAUUUAGUUUUUUUUUUUUUUUUUUUUUUUUUUUUUUUUUUUUUACAAUUCACAAGAACUAAGGAGAACAUUGUUCUGUAUUCUUGGACAUGUUACGUAAGGGAGCCACAGAGAUGCCAAGGUGACCCUGCAUGGUCUUUGUUUUGUAUUCUUUCCUUGUAUUCAGCGGACUUAGUUUUGGACUCCUGAUGGACAAUGAGUUGACUUAUUUGAAGGACAUUAUUAAGCAGAUCAAAGAUGGGUGAACAUUAAGCUCAUUAUAUCAUGUUACCUGUUGCAUAUGUAUUUACAACCGUACAAAGUACAACUACGCUGUCAAGUUGACAAUCAGUAAAGUUUAAAUCAAAAAUGAUAUGCCGGGUCCAUAUAACCUCCAUUACCUUGGCCCCAACCCGUAUUUGAGGAAACCUACCAGUAUGGAAUUCCAGGCCUACCUAUAAGCAUAUACUGUAAAAAUAUUUUGGAAAAAAAGUGAGUGAAAGGUGUGAUCCAAAGCUAUUAAUAUAUGAGUAAAUGUGAGUGGGUGUGCCGUUCUAGGUUGUUGCUCGGUCUGGGUGGGUAACCUUGCCCAUGAUUUUGACAGUGCAAUUCUAAAAACAAACCUCAGAGGAACACUAAUAAAAAGAUUCAACUGCUCAUUUUGUUGCAUUACAUUUUCCCACAAAGGAAAUGGCCAGUAAAAUGAAAAGAAAUAAAGGUUCCCCACUCUUGUAGAAGUACACAAGGUUUUUUUGGGGUUAUGUUAAUAAUGUUACAAAGUAACGCAGAAAAAGCUCACUGACUUACCAAGCUAGGUCUAAUUCAGCCAAAUGAACACAUUUUAGAGACAUUUUGUUACUGACAUGUAUAUUUGGUUGUCGUUUGUCCGAUACGCACAAUUACUUUGAUAAAGUGGAGCAAGUAGAAUUGGUCAAUUAUAUCAUAAAAUAAUAGUGAUGUAAAAAAAAAAAAAACAUUGUGGCAUUGAGAUCAUGAUAAAUCAUCUCCCAGAGACAGAAAAAAAAGAUGAAGUUUGUCUGUAUUAUAAAAGCUCUGUGGCCACUUGCCUUAACUAUAGUUCAUGUUUCUUUUUAUGUACUGUUGUUUUGUUUUUUGGGUGUGAGUCUGUUUGUACACUUGACCCAUCGAAGCUCAUGCAGAAGACUACUUGGCCCCGAAUAAUCAUGGCUAAAACAUUUGUAUUUUAUUUUAUUUUGUUUUGUAAUACAUUAAUCAUUGAUUAGUCAGAGCUAACUGGAAGGAUUAGUUGAGAGAAUCAUCUUGUUGGCUAUGCUCCUUUUUACAAUUAAAUAGUAGCAUAUAACUUAUUACUUUGCAAAGUUCUGUUGAGAUCAUUCCUCAUUGUUCUGGUGAUGAAAGUGAGUCAUGGGAGUGUGAAAUGAAAAACCACUUCAAUACAAAUCUUUUCCAAAUAAAAACAAAGUGUGACCUGUCUACUGAA